CCCGCCCUUUGAGGCGCCUGACGCUGAACCGCAGCCCCUUCUCAUUUGCAGCCCCGCAGAUCUCCAUUUUCUUCUUUCCCAAUAUUCAGGAGAAGAGGAGUAAAGAUUCGGAAAAAUGAAUGAAGAAUACGACGUUAUCGUUCUUGGCACCGGCCUUACGGAAUGCAUUUUAUCAGGCAUCAUGUCUGUAAAGGGGAAGAAAGUUCUGCACAUGGACCGCAACUCCUUCUACGGAGGCGAGAGCGCAUCCAUCACACCCCUUGACGAUCUCUACAAGCGCUUCAACCUUCCCGGCACCCCCCCUGAAUCAAUGGGAAAAGGCAGAGAUUGGAAUGUGGACCUCAUCCCUAAAUUCCUUAUGGCCAAUGGUCAGCUGGUCCGCAUGCUGCUCAUCACACAGGUGACCCGCUACCUGGAUUUCAAAGUGAUUGAGGGCAGCUUUGUGUACAAGGCUGGCAAAAUCCACAAAGUUCCUUCAACUGAGACUGAAGCCCUCAAAUCUUCUCUGUUGGGGAUUUUUGAGAAGCGACGAUUCAGAAAGUUGCUGAUCUUCGUUGCAAACUUUGAUGAAAAGGACCCCAAAACCUUGGAGGGUGUUGACCCCCACAAGACAACAAUGAGGGCCAUUUUCCAAAAGUUUGACCUGGACAAGGAAGUCAUGGACUUCACAGGCCAUUCCCUCGCUCUGUACCGCACAGAUGAUUACCUGGAUCAACCUUGUAUUGAAACAAUAAACAGGAUAAAGCUUUACAGUGAGUCUCUGGCCAGAUAUGGAAAGAGCCCAUACCUUUACCCACUGUACGGAUUGGGAGAGCUGCCACAGGGCUUUGCCAGGCUGAGCGCCAUCUACGGUGGGACGUACAUGUUGAAUAAGCCUAUCGAUGAGAUCGUUGUAGAGAAUGGGAAGGUGGUGGGAGUCAAGUCUGAGGGAGAGAUUGCCAGGUGCAAACAGCUGAUCUGCGACCCCAGCUACGCUAUGGACCGUGUCAAAAAAGUGGGUCAGGUGAUCAGAGCAAUCUGCAUCCUGAGUCACCCCAUUGCCAACACUGGUGAUGUGAACUCUUGCCAGAUCAUCAUCCCCCAGAAUCAGGUCAACAGGAAGCAUGACAUCUACGUUUGUAUGAUCUCCUUUGCCCACAAUGUGGCAGCACAAGGUAAAUACAUUGCCAUCGCCAGCACCACAGUGGAGACAGACGACCCAGAGAAAGAAAUCAAACCAGCUCUGGACCUACUGGCACCUAUCGAGCAAAAGUUUGUCAGCUUCAGCGACCUGUUUGAACCAACUGACCUGGGAAAGGACAGCCAGAUUUUCAUCUCCCGUUCUUACGAUGCCACAACUCACUUUGAGACAACCUGUGACGACAUCAAGGACAUCUACUCGAGGAUGACCGGCUCAGAAUUUGACUUUAACGAGAUGGAGCGCAGCAAGAAGGACAUCUAUGGUGAUGCAGCAGAGUAGUGGCAAAGCAUCCUCAACACUCCAGGUUAACAAAAAACAACGCUGCCGACAACUGAAACUACAAAACAUAGAAAACAUACACAAAAAUGUACACACCAAUGGGCCAGCUAACAGUACAUGGUUUGCCCAUUGAGGAAGUUCAUGAUAUAGAGAGGUAUGAUAUAGUAUUGUUGGAUAGGGUUCAGGGAGGGAGAUAUGCUUUUUCUAAUCAGUUCAGAUGGAUGUUGCACUAAACACUGUUUAUGCCCUACAGUCUUCUGCUUCAUGUUUAGAAGAUGCCAAAUCAAACGAUCGACCUUGAUUAAAAGUGUAACUGUGUGAGUGGGAGGGGUGGCAUUUGAUUUUUUUUUUGUUUUCAUUGUAUAAAAAGUAUUUGGAAGAUGUAUAGUAUCUACAUCAGUUAUUUUGUCUUCAGGUAUUUUUUCAUGUCAGGUGGGACAGUGGCUUGGCUUCAUCAGUGUGGAUUAAACCUGGAGAGAAACUGAGUGUUCCUCUCAGGAAGUGGCAACUCAAGCACACUUAGGCCCCACAGCCCAAAUUUUGUGAGAUUAGGUGUUCAGGGGCAUGUGUGGGGUUGAUGAUUUAGUGUGUUUGUAACCUUGUCUUCUUCCAAGCACAACUGCACUGUAUGCUAAGCCACAGGAGCAUCUGCAGACCAGCAUAAUCUGACCUGAACCUGUUUUCAACAGCUUGAAUUACUAUCACGCAUCAGCAGAGAUAUAUUAGUUUCUGUAUUAUACAAAAUGAUGGGAGACCCGAGCAUUAACAGCAGUGUGGAGGGAAAUAUGAUCGACUGUAAUUGCUUAAGAAGGACCAAAUGUGUACUGCUGCAGUAUUGAUUUGAUGAGAGCCUUGGAAUAUCUUGUUUUGAACAGCUGUAAAAAAAACAAAACAAAAA